UUCUGAACAUUUUGUAUGUUUCUUCAACAGUGAUUUUGCAAUCAUUACCCCAUUGAAAAGGGUCUCCAAGAAUUCAGUAAACUUACUCUCUCUUUGGGUUAGAGAAUCCGGCGAGGACUAGAGAUGUUGGCUAACGAGAAUCCAAGGGGUUUCUUUACGCCGCAGCCGCUCAAGUUAAGUGGUUCGCCGGUGCCGGCCUCUCAGUGUAAGCCGCCUCGUCCUCACAGCGCCGGCAAACAGGAUCUCUUUCACGUCAUUCACAAAGUACCCGCCGGCGAUUCUCCCUAUGUCCGGGCUAAACAUGUUCAGUUAAUCGAAAAGGAUCCAAGCCGGGCAGUUUCGCUGUUCUGGGCAGCUAUAAAUUCUGGUGAUCGAGUUGAUAGUGCUCUUAAAGACAUGGCUAUUGUGAUGAAACAGCUCAACCGUUCAGAUGAAGCCAUUGAAGCAAUCAAGUCUUUUCGCCAUCUUAGCCCUACAGACUCACAGGAAUCCAUUGACAAUAUAUUGAUUGAACUCUACAAGAGAUCGGGUAGAAUCGAAGAGGAAAUUGAAAUGAUUGAACAUAAACUUAAGAACAUUGAAGAGGGCAUAGCUUUUGGUGGGAAGAAGACUAAGACAGCUAGAUCUCAGGGCAAAAAGGUUGAAAUCACACUUGAGAAAGAGUACUCAAGAUUGCUAGGUAACUUGGCCUGGGCACACAUGCAUUUGAAGAAUUAUAAAUCAGCCGAAGAGAAUUACAGAAAAGCUCUUUCCCUUGAGCCAGAUAAGAAUAAGCAGUGCAAUCUUGCAAUCUGCUUGAUGCACAUGAAUAAGAUUGCUGAGGCGAAGUUUCUGCUUCAAUCCAUAAGGGCUUCAUCUGAUUAUAGGGAGAUGGAUGACUCGUGUCACAAGUCCCUAGAACGAGCCAUGGAAAUGCUUGCUGAAUUUGAGUCACAGAACGGUAGUAUGGUGGCGGGAGGAGAGAUUUGUAAAGGAAGAACAUCCUCCACUAGUACAUUAGAUGUUGAAUCUGACAGCAAAGGAGGGACUGUUGUACGGCUUUUAACCGUUGAUAAAUUGAAGAGAGAUUCUGUUUCUUGCUGGAGAAAAUAUGGCGGUGGACAUCUAGAAUCCCCGGGAGGAGGACCCUUUACGCAACCAAGAAGAUGUGCUGCUGCAUGGUCAUCAUUCAAUAAUAAUGGCCAUCAGAAGAAAGGAGGAUGGUCCAGAACUAGCAGAAAAUUGUCAUUUGAAAGCAAUAAUAAUACUACUUGCAUCUUUCUACCACCACCUUCUACUAAUGAGAAGCUGCUGAGAUCUGAUUUGGGUCACUGGAAAAAUUGCAAUGUUAUGAAAACUCAAUCUACAUUGCCAAAGAUGAUUCAUGAUGAGAAAUGGAGAAGAGACUACUACUCGUUGCAAAAUAACAAGAAGAAAUUUAUGGAGUCAAUUAGUUUUGCCUUAGAAGAAGAAUCACCAACUGUUGAUUUUUCAAGUGCACCUCAUUUCUUGAAACAGAAUUCUGAAUUGCUUGACACAACCGAACAUCUCAAUCUCAUAGGAACUGAGAAAUCUGCCAAUAAUGAGAAACAACAAAAUAAGAAGAGUUGGGCUGAUAUGGUCGAAGAAGAAGAUGAGCAAGAAGACAUGCAAUCUUUCGAAACUCAAAGCAACAAGUCCUCUAACAGUCAAGAGCUUAGAGACGACGACGAGGAGUUCAAUGACGAAAAUGCUGACUGCAAUGUAAUUCGAGAGAUCCCUAGUCUAAAGAAUCUAGCAGAGAAUAUAAGCCAAAGUCUUGAAACAUUAGAUCUCAAUGGUGGAUACUAUACUCAACCUGAACAAAGUACAGAUGGAAUAGAGACAUGGCCAUCUUCUUCAUUCCACACACAGUUGAAUUUUGAGAUUGUUAAGUUGGUUCCACCUGAAGGGGGGGACUUAACCAUCCAAACUCCUCUUAGACUACUAAAGCGAAGGAACAGACUGCAAGUCUUCCAGGAUAUAACUCCAGACAGUCCAAGGUUUUGAUGAAUGGUUUGUCAAUCAAUGUGCAUACAGGACAGAGUGUAAAUACCAUAUAGGAUUUGAUUCUUUCUAUUUGUGAAUAGAGCCCCUAUGAGUGUGUGUAUCUUCACUGUUCCUAGACUUGGGUUUUUCCUUUCUGUAUAAAUUGACUUUUCUUGGAUUGAUUGUAUGAUAAUGGAGAGAGUUGAGAGCAAUAUUUG